GCGAGAGCUCAUCAGAACUGGAAGGGUGUGUAAGAGAUGGAGACGCCUUGUAAAAGACCAACGACUAUGGCGAGCUGUUGAUCUAACUACAUGGAAAGGGGUAAGAAUGGUGCCUAUUGCAUGAUGAUCUUACCCUUUCAUGACUUGACAUGAAAAGAUUUCUGAGGCUGCUAUGUCUAAAGACGUCAGCCGUUUUGUGGUAUAUCCAUGUCUCUCAGGUCCUACAUACAAUGAUAUUUCAGCAGACUUGAUUCGAGUAUUGAUAACUUCCUGUUUGAGGCCUCUCACCUUCUGCAACCAAAAUACAAUGUUGAUGCUUGCAUUGAAGGCUUAUUUCCUACCUGUUGACGAGCUAACUCUAAAGAAUGUUCAAGUCAUCACUCAAACACUGAUGCAUUGUUUCUUCUCCAUGUCUCCCUCAUUGGAUGUUGUCGUUCUACAACUGCUCUCCCUGCCCUUGGUGUCCAUUUUGGGUCAGGUGACGUCGCGCAUGCUGUGGGUUCUACUGCGCCAGUAUCUGGGCACUGGGCUCCGAUGCCUGCAGCUGCGUGGCUUGCUGCUCUCUGCUAGAGGCGGGGCAUUUCUCUCAGAGUCCUGGCUUAAGGCUUUGUCCUCCAGGUGCCCCCGUCUGCGCAGUCUUUCCCUGCUGCACGCAGACCUGAGAGGCUUGCGUAGCUGCCAGCUCCUGCCCACAACGCUGCAGGUCCUAGAGUUGCGUGGCUGUGAGCUACCACAGGGCUUUUUCACCCAGACCCCACCCAGUCCUGAGAAUCAAGCUGGAGCUGCAUCAACUGCUGCUACUCAGCAACAGGGACGCGGUCAGACUGGAAAAGUGCCUGCCUCCACGUCAGGGAUUGCCAUUGAGAUGUUGGUCCUUGAUAACGUGCCCUCCUUCACAGACCUGCACCUGCAGAGUCUGGCAUCUUGGUUGAAGCUUAGCCGCCUAGAGCUGCGCAACGUCCUUCGGGUCACAGCGGAAGGUCUUAGGCGCAGUGCUGCCCAAGAAACCGACUCGGGCUUAAACGGGCUCUCCAGGCUCAAGUACCUGGAGAUAGGGCACUUUGGACGGCCUGGCGCCCAACUACAGAUGGCCUCCCUGGGGCUGGGGGUGGGCUGGCUCGGCCUAGAGGAGCUAAGCCUUGGCGGUAAGGAGGUGGGACCAGGCCUGCUGUCUGCCAGCCGCCUGAGGGACCUGAAGCGCCUGCGCCUCAGAUGCUGCAAGCUGAGGGAGAUGCAGGUGCUACGGAGCUGCAGGACGCUGCGGGAGCUGCGUCGGUUGGAGUUCUGUGAGGUGUUCUUCCAGGUUUGCCCAAAGACACCAGAGAGGGGGGGGGAGAGGCAGGUUGAGGAGGGGAGGGAGGAUGGCGCAGACGGUGGUGAUGGAAGCAAUGAUAAACUGGAUGAGAAUGACCCUGUGCCAAGUCUGCGCCGUUCACUUGCUGCUCUGCUGCCACAAUGUACACUACUAUUCACCAACUGCACUGUUACAAUAACAUCAGACUAGAUUACAUACUAUGUUACACAUCUGGUUCCCUUAUUCUACUGUGGUGAAAAUACAAGCUGUCAAAGCUAUACUUAAAACCUGUUUGCAAACUCUCAUGAAUCACCUUUUUGUUGAUAUAUGUAGAAAACAAAUGUACCCAUUAACAAACCCAAUCAAAAUCUAUUUUAAACUUUUAUACAGCUGUGCAAUUGAACAAAAAAGACACAGUUAAUGGUUACACAAACACAUGCAAUGAACUGUCGCACAGGAAAUGUAAUGUUUCAAUUCCACCCCUAGACCAGGGCUAUUCAGCUCUUAAAGGCACUGCAUGGUCAAUCCAAUGUCUGCAGUAGCCGUAUAGCAUUUACUGCGAUUCGGCCUCUGCAUGCCUCCGGAGGCUGCCUUGAGAAGAGAUUCAAUUAAUAUAUUGCAACUGGGAGGUUUCAGUAGGCUAGAAGUAGCCCACUAGUUUUGCUAGCUGGCCCCCUCAAGUCUAGGGGGGAAAAAACUCUGGUUGUGUGAUUCUCCAAAGAAUUAUGUUGCCUAUAUUAAGAUAUGAGAAAGUACAAAUUAGAACUGUUUUAACCUUUUUCCACCAAGAAACUAAUAAGAAUUUGUUCUUAACCGACUUGCCUGGUAAAAUAAAUUAAUUGCAAAGUAGAACAUACUUCAAUAGAUCAUGAAUAAACAAAUAUCCAGGAAAUAGGAUCAAGCUCUCUCAAUCUGUAAAACACACUCAACAUUUAUCCCAAACUUGGUCCUGCCCCCCCCCCCCCCACCUAGGUGCACGUGUAGUUUUCUGUCCUGGCACUACACAGCUAAUUGAAAUAACCAACAUCAUCAAGCUUUGAUCGUUUGAGUCAGCUGUGUAACCGAUGUGAAAUGGCUAGCUAGUUAGUUAGCGGGGUGCGCGCUAAUAGUGUUUCAAUCGGUAACGUCACUCGCUCUGAGACCUUGAAGUAGUUGUUCCCCUUGCUCUGCAAGGGCCACGGCUUAUGUGGAGCGAUGGGUGGCUGUUGUCGAUGUGCGCAGAGGGUCCCUGGUUCGAGCCCCAGGUAAACAAACAAAGGUGUUACAUAAUACUAGGGCAAAAAACUAAAAAUGCAACCGGAGGGGCCAAGUUCGGGAAACCCUGAUCUAACACCGUUAUCCAGAACAUAAGAAAGAUGGAACAAUGCAAGCAUGGCAAUAUACACUGAGUGUACAAAACAUUAAGAACACCUGCUCUUCCCACGACAGACUGACCAGUUGAAUCCGGGUGAAAGCUUUGAUCCCUUAUUGAUGUCAUUUGUUAAAUCCACUUCAAAUCAGUGUAGAUGAAGGGGAGGAGACGGGUUAAAGAACGAUUUUUAAGCCUUGAGACACAGAUUCUAUAUGUGUGCCAUUCAGACGGUGAAUGGGCAAGACAAAAGGUUUAAGUGCCUUUGAAUGGGGUAUGAUAGUAGGUGCCAGUGUAACCGGCCCUGUACCGGAAGAUAGGGCUCUGGACACAAUUCUGACAGUUGUCUCUAUUAAUGACUGCAUGGAAUGGAUACAAAUACAAGGCAAGAGUGAAUGCUGCCGUCUGGACUCCAUACAAGUAUAUUUGCCUCUCCUCAUCACGCUCUGAGCAAACUGAGGAGUAAAAGCAUGGCUCCCAUUGAUGACAUCACAGCAUUAACAUAAUUUAAAAAAUAAAUACAAUAAAAUAGUUUACUCUUGAAAGUAAAUGUAAUACAUCUCAAAAUAACCUUAAAAUAAAUAUAUGAGGGAUUUUAUCAGUAAAAAUAUAUAAAGGAUAUUUUACACAUGUUACACCAGGCGCAUCAGUUUGUGUCAAGAACUGCAACGCUGCUGGGUUUUUCACGCUUAACAGUUUCCUGUGUGUAUCAAGACUGGUCCAAAUGACAUCCAGCCAACUUGACACAACUGUGUGAAGCAUUGGAGUCGACAUGGGCCAGCAUCCCCGUGGAACGCUUUCGACACCUUGUAGAGUCCAUGCCCGGACGAAUUGAGGCUGUUCUGAGGGCAAAAGGGGCUGCAACUCAAUAUUAUGAUGGUGCUCCUAAUGUUUUGUACACUCUGUGUAUAUGGCUAUGGUUAGCAUCAUUUGAAAUGAACAUGCUACAUUAUUACCGUGGCAAUCCAGCAUCAGUGGAUAGAAGAAAGAAAAAAAAAUACCAUGGAAAUGAUUGCAUCACAAUACCAGGCAGCCAAAGAUUCAAUAAAGGACUCAAUGGUUGCGUUCGUAAAUUCACUCUGGCUAUCUACUCUGAUUUCAGAGCACUCAUCUGAGUGUGAGUGCAGAAUAACUGAUUCAUUUACGAAUGCUCAACACCCGUUGAAUAUGGCCGGUGUGAGUAAAAAGUCAGCAAAAAGUACAGUUAGGCACCAACUCUCUUAAUAACAUGAGAACAGCCUAACCUGUUCUUCUAGGGCAAGUAAAAUGGUCAGAGUGAGGUGUUCUCUUAUUUGUGUCUGGAAGUAGCGAGCCAGUUAGCUUUGGUCAGAACACUCACACCAACUAUACUCCUCGGCCAGAGCGUCCAGUGUGCGCUCUGAGUUUACAAAUGGACAAUCUGACAAUGCUCUGAGUUUACAAACGCCCAGAGCUCACUCUGGCACGCCAGAUUACAUUUCCGAACACACCCAAUGGCACACAGACAUUAUUUUGACCAGACUGGUGCAAAUUCAACAAAUCUGAUCUAACAAAGUGGAUAUUGGUCAAAUCAGUCAAGAUUGAUGUAUUUUAAUAGGCCCACAAUAUGGUUACUAAAGCCUGAUUUUGAUAUAUUUGGCUGUUUUCGCAGCAUAACAUGUAGAAGCUGUUCCUUUUCAGGUUUAGAAGAAGUGAGUGCUAAAUGCUAACUCCCGUUCAUAUAAGCUGGUUAGCAUAGCUAGCAUACAGAAAUUGGUGGUGGUAGUCAGUCAUUUUUAACUGUAAUGCAGUUGAUUGGUAACGAUGUGUUGGGGCUUGACAUCCAUACAAGCAUUAUACUCCGGUUUUUACCUCAACAUAGUGUGAAAUACACAUAAACAAUAGUCUGAAUGUAGGCACAUUUUGCUGGGGGGCAAUGAGGAGACUUUGGUGUCUUUCUCCCACGCGUUUCCAUGGCAAUUCCAUUGUUUUGGUAGAGUUCGAUUUACCUCUUUACUGUAUCUAUUGCAAGUGUACCCAAUGAGUUUACCAGUGGAAUUGCAAGGGUUAGAGCUUCUAAACCCAUUCUAUGCAUUAUAUUUAUAUGGGGUAAACAUCCUGCUUUUACUUCCUGCUUUGCUCCUAGGUUGAAAAAAAUACAAGUUAAGGCAACUUAAUCAUUGAAAAUGAACACUUUCAUUGACUAACGCCGUUGCCGAGCUGGACCAUGCUAUGUGUUUGCUGAGUAAUUAGCUGAAAUUUACUAUGAUUGUGUUUAUUUUCCACUUUGAUGGCGAACUUUCUGUACUGCUACCAUUUACUCCGAGUCAUUUUGCUCUGGAGCUGGUCCAAUUAAUUUGUUUAUUUUCAAAACGCUUCUGCAUGGAAUUAUCACAUUUUCUUAACCUUUAUAUCUUCGACCUUGCUCCAAGGUAAUUUGCCAAAGAUAAUUUAUAUAAAGAGGUAUAGAAAACGCUUAUUCAAUAGAUAUCCCUGAUCACGCUUGUAGGCGAUGUCAUGGCGACAUUAGCUAGCUAAGCUCAUGCGCAGAAACACGUCAUUGGGUCGAACGCUUGUGUUGUGCCGAACUACGCAUGUGCAGGCUGUCAAAUCAAAGUCACUCGUCCGACAUCAAGUUGUUUAAAAAAAGGAAAAACUUGUCAGUUUGUCACUUUCAAGAGGUUGUAGUAUGCCAGUUUCAACUACAUUGGCUCGAAUCUAGGUUUUGCCUUUAGAUUUCGUGAAAAUUAACAACUAAGGACAUGGUUUUUUUUACUUCUCCCAUUGACUUGCCAAACCCCGGUCUGGUCUGUCGAGUCUACUUCGAGAAGCAUUCCCGGAUGUAUCGGGAUAUUGGGCCUCUGGGUUUAGAAACUCUGUUACCUAGCUUUGCUCUUGGGUACACUUGCAAUGGGGGAGUAUAGGUGAGGUUUUUGAGCUGUGUGUCUCAUGUCUUCCCUGUUCCUUCAUGCGCAGUGAUGCAGCUGGUCUCUCCAGAGAUGCAGGGCACUACCCUCCCCAGAGUGAUGCAGGGCACUACCCUCCCCAGAGCAAAAAAAAAAUGAAAAAGCUUCAGUUCGUCUUGGGUGCUUAUUUUAUGUGGUUGAAAUCACCUAAAGCAAGACCGAUUCAAGACCGAAUGGUCCCGGACCCCUUAUGGACAGGGACCACUCAGAAAUGGUUAAGACUCAAGAGAAAUAAAUGAAACACAAAAAAACACGGACAACGCACAGACAUGAAAUUGAAACAGAAACAAUGAUGCCUGGGGAAGGAACCAAAGGGAGUGACAUACAGCUUAGCCAAAUACAUUUAAACUCAGUUGUUCACAAUUCCUGACAUUUAAUCCUAGUAAAAAUUUCCUGUCUUAGGUCAGUUAGGAUCACCACUUUAUUUUAAGAAUGUGAAAUGUCAGAAUAAUAGUAGAGAGAAUGAUUUAUUUCAGCUUUUAUUUAUUUCAUCACAUUCCCAGUUGGGUGAAGACAUCUCAAGACACAGGUGAUGGCUGUGUGUGAAGUUUGCAUUUCCUGGCGUACAGGAAAUGUCCUGUAACAACAGGGUGAGCAAAUUAAGAUCCUACACCUAUUCCUUGUCCAAAGGAAAAUUAACUGACGGAAUAUCCUCUAUUGCGCUGUUUCGUAGUUUGGAUGAAUGUGUGGAGAAAAGCAAAUAUUGAACAAUGUUGAUAUGGUGCAAUUAUGGCAUAAUUUAUCACAUCAAAGAAAAAGGUAAUAAAUUAUCAUUUUAGCUAUUAUUGAGAAAUUGAUUAUACAUCCAAUACAUUAAGUAGGCCUACCUUACAUGUUUUAAUAUUUCGUUUGUAAAAUGUAAUAUCAGACAUAUUGGUUUAUUUCCAGGUGGCUCGAUUCGUGUUGAAGGCCAGUCAAGCUCUUACAUUCUAGUAGUCUAUUUCAAUAAUGUUUAAGCAACAUUAAACCAUACCGAUCGAGAAAAUGCUAGAUUAUGCAAGAAAUGCAAGAUGUUGCUAAUGUUAACCUGACAAAUGAAAUGACGCACAAAACAGAAGAACUAGGUUCGAGAAUUUCGAGAGCGCAGCUGAACUGCAUGCUAUAGAUAGACGUUCACAUAAUUGCUUAACUGUGAUAGCCUAUAUGCCCGACAUUACAUCAGCUGUAGGCUACUGGUUCAGUGUGCCCAGUCUUGAAUGGGAAACUAUACUGUAUGUUGUAAACGAUGAGCUGAGAGACACAAACAUGGAAAGGGUACAGAGCUCUAUGCAUAGAAUAGAGCUUGUGGACAUGGCGGUGGGUAAAGGAUGCUGCAGUGUUAGUCGCGAGACAAACUGAAUUUAUCCGUGGAUUGGUCUCGUGCAUCAAAAGUUAUAAUAGUAAGUAGUUAUUAUGGAUAGGCCUGUAGUCCAACUAAAAUUGUUUAUUGGAAUAAAACGGUCUUUAACCUAUAGCGUGCAAUAUCUGUCUAUUUUCAGUGAUUUGAUUCCGACGGGGUACAAAAUUAACGUUCAAGAAAGACAUAAUUCCAAACAUCAAAGUUAUAAGCUAGACUAUGUCGUUAAUGUUAUUGUUUAGCCUCCUGCAUAAACAGGCUAAAUAUUGACAAUUAUUAUAUAUUUUAUAAUACUGGCACAGCAUAAUGCAAUUUUCUGUCAUGUAAUAUGGUAAUGUACUAUUUUAUAGUACGUACUGAGCAGGUCUAUAGUCUACAUAAAAAAGGAAUGAAUAAAAAAUAUGAAUGAGAUAGUAGGCCUACUGUAAAAUAUCACAUUUUCCGUUAACCUGACGCAAUGAAAUGUAGACUUGCAUGCUGCAAUUUGUGAGAGUGGAAUUAUUCUGGUUGAAAAUAAAGAUUUAGUCUACUGUAUGAAUAUCA